AUGGAGUGGGUGGCUGGGAACGCCCCCUGUGAACACUUUGAGGAUAAUGUGCUUGCCCAGAGCUGCUGUCAAAACUGCUUCCACCCUGAGGAGGCCCACAGAGCAAGGCACCAGGAGCCCGGGAGCCCUCCAAGUGCUGAGGCGCCCUACUGCGACCUGCCCUGCCGCCUGCCUGCCCCUGAGGACCCGCCCGGUGUCUCGACCUCCAGCUGCCGGUCUGUGGUGGGUUCGAGCCUUGGGCCAGGGCCCGAGAGGAGCCCAUCAGCAGGGCUCCCUGCAGGGGGCCUCGCAGCCGCCCCCAGGAGCCAGGAACCCGAGGCAGCACCCUACUUGGAGGGCCUGACCUCCUCCCUGUGUGGCAGCGUCAACGAGAGCCCUGACUCUGGCACCAGCUCCAGCCCUGGCUGCGAAGCCCCUGAUGAUACCAGCGACGCGUCCUCCGUGGACUGGGACGCUCUUGAGAGGCAAGAGGAGGCCCCCAGUGGGGACAAGUUCACCGUGAUGAUCCCAUGGAUGCUGCAGGAGGGGCCAAGGGCUGACAGUGCCCAAAGGGCUCCUCUUCUCCCCACCCGCUCCCCUGUGGGAGGAGACACUGCAGGCCAGAGAAAGGAGGGCUCCAGUAGCGGGAACCGAAGCGCUGGACAGCACUGGGCGAAGAUCCGGGGAGAAAGCGGGUACUUCUCCUUGGAGCGGCACCAGUCAGCGCUGACCCCAGCCUCUCCCGUGACACCACAGAGUGGUCCUCGAAGUGCCACCCCCCAGGUUUCCUCUCUCCAUCGCUCUGCCCAAAGGGACAUUGCCCAGACUGCUUCCACACAACUCAAAACCUCCCGAGCCUCCUCUCCCCACAGAAUCGCCCAACGGGACAACCCCAGAACCUCUUCCACAGAGCAGAACACCCCCAGAGCAUCCUCUCCCUCAAGAAUCACCCAACGGGAUAACCCCAGAACCUCUCCCACCCAACAGGACACCCCCAGGACCUCUUCCACACAGCGGAACACCCCCAGAGCAUCCUCUCCCUCAAGAAUCACCCAACGGGAUAACCCCAGAACCUCGCCCACCCAACAGGACACUCCCAGGACCUCUUCCACACAGCGGAACACCCCCAGAGCAUCCUCUCCCUCAAGAAUCACCCAACGGGAUAACCCCAGAACCUCGCCCACCCAACAGGACACUCCCAGGACCUCUUCCACACAGCGGAACACCCCCAGAGACACCCCCAGGACCUCUUCCACACAGCGGAACACCCCCAAAGCAUCCUCUCCUUCAAGAAUCACCCAACGGGAUAACCCCAGAACCUUGUCCACCCAACAGGACACCCCCAGGACCUCUUCCACACAGCAGAACACCCCUAGAGACACCCCCAGGACCUCUUCCACACAGCGGAACACCCCCAGAGCAUCCUCUCCCUCAAGAAUUGCCCAACGGGACAACCCCAGAACCUCGUCCACCCAACGAAAUAAUCCUCAAGUUUCCUCUUCCGCCAGAGCCACCCAACAAGACAACUCCAGAGCCUCUUCUACCCAAAGGGACAACCCCAAAACCUCUUCCUCACGGCGGGAAAACCCCGGAAGCUCCUCCUCUCAGGGCUGCACCCAGCAGGACCGUCCUGGACCAUCCUCUCCCUAUCGCUCCCCUCAACAGAAAAAUCCCCGGAGUGCCUCUCCCCAUCGUACCAACAAAGACAUUCCAUGGGCCUCCUUUCCCCUCCGGCCAACCCAGAGUGAUGGCCCCCGGACCUCUUCCCCAUCUCGCUCCAAGCAAAGUGAGGUUCCCUGGGCAUCUAUUGCCCUCCGGCCAACCCAAAGCGACAGGCCUCAGACUUCAUCUCCCAUCAGACCAACUCAGCGUGACUCACGCCAGUCCUCCUCCAGCCCCACCCAGCACAACUCACCAUCCCGGGCCACUUCCUCUUCCCAUAACCCAGGCCACCCCGGUGCCUCCCGGACCUCCUCGCCGCUGCACCCCGCUAGCCGCGGUGCACCCCAGACCUCUUCUGAGCCCGCCCAGCUUGCCUGUGCUGUGUGCAUUGGGCACCGGGAUGCCCCUCGAGCCUCCUCACCUCCUCGCUAUUUGCAACAUGACCCCUUUCCCUUCUUCCCAGACCCCCACACAUCUGAGAGUGAAUUGCCCCACCGUGACCCCCCCUAUAUGCCGCCAGUCGUAUGCAUUGGACACCGGGACGCCCCCCGGGCUUCCUCACCUCCCCGCCACACCCAAUUUGACCCCUUCCCCUUCCUCCCAGACACAUUAGAUGCUGAGAACCAGUCCCCUCAGCACGACCCUCCUCAGUUCCCACCACCUGUGUGUAUCGGGUACCGCGAUGCACCCCGGGCCUCCUCUCCGCCGCGCCAAGCCCCAGAGCCCCCCCUCUUGUUCCAGGAUCUCCCCAGGGCCAGCACCGAGAGCCUUGUGCCCUCCGCAGAUUCUCUGCACGAGCCCCCCCACACCCCCACCCCUGUAUGCAUUGGGCACCGCGAUGCACCCUCCUUCUCGUCCCCACCACGCCAGGCCCCCGAGCCCUCCCUCUUCUUCCAGGACCACCCCGGGACUAGCAUGGAAAGCCUGGCCCCCUCCACCGACUCUCUGCGUGGCUCCCCAGGGCUGCCCUCUCAAGUGUGCAUCGGACACCGGGAUGCCCCUCGAGCCUCUUCCCCACCCCGCCACCCGCCCAGUGACCUAGCGCUUCUGGCACCCUCACCUCCACCAGGCAGCUCGGGGGGCUCCCGGGGCUCAGCACCCCCGGGGGAGACCAGGCACAACUUGGAGAGGGAGGAGUACACCGUGCUGGCCGACCUGCCCCCGCCCAGGAGGCUGGCGCAGAGGGAGCCAGGGCCCCAGUGCAGCAACGGGGGCCGCACCCGCAGCCCUGGCCGCGCAGAGGUGGAGCGCCUCUUCGGGCAAGAGCGCAGGAAGUCCGAGGCACCGGGGGCCUUCCAGGCCCGGGAUGAGGGGCAGUCGCAGCGGCCCAGCCAAGGUCAGAGCCAACUUCUCCGAAGACAGUCCAGCCCUGCCCUCAGCAGGGAGGUGACCAAGCCCCUCGCGAAGCAGGCGGAGCCGGCCCGGCGGAGCCGAGCAGAGCCGCCUCAUCCCAGGCGCCCCGAGAGGCGGCCUGAGGGGGUCAGGUGGCUCCAGGGCUCCUCGCCGCCCCCGAGGACGUCAGCCAGGACUCCUGAGAGGGAGCAGCGGACAGAGAGACCUCUGGAAAGUGGCCGGGCCGGCCCAAGACAGCCUCUGGGAAGGGGGCAGAGUCAGGAGGAGCCGCCAGGAUCCUGGGGCCUGAGCAGACACCUGGAGAGACGCGCGGGCGGCCAGGAGGAGGGCCCGGGCCUGGGGGGCUGGCGGGGACUUGGGGAGCCCAGCCGGGGGGCUGCCGGAGCCCCACAGGGAACAUGGAGGGGCCCUCCCAGGGAGUCGGAGGAGAGCUGGCGGCUGCUGGGUGGGCCCCCCUGCCACAGGGGGCAGGCAGAGGCCUGGGAGGAGCCCCCUGACAGGCUGGCUGCCCGGGGCUGGGGCAGCCUGCCGGAGCUGUCCAGUCUUCCCCAGCCUGUGAGCGCCCUGGGGAACUCCAGGGCAGGCCCAGGAGAGCUCUCGAAAUCCCGGAGGCCUGGGACACCCCCUGCCGUGGGCCGGGGGGCUGAGGGAGCCUGCCCACACCUGCGUGGCCCCGAGAGGCGACCCGAGCUCGACUGGAGGGACCUGGUGGGCCUUCUCGGGGCACCCAGAGAGGGGGCCUGGACCCGCUCCGAGGACACAACACUCGCCUCCCGUCUUCUGAGGCUGGACUGGGAAGGCCUCCUGCAGUUCCUGCAGGCCCAGCUGCCCCACAAGGACCUGGCUGGACACUGGGGUGGCCCAGGCAUGGCUUCCCCAGGCACGAAGGGUACCCUGGAGCUGGAGCCAGAGCGACACAGCCAGCCCGAAGGAGGGGCAGGGGCCACCCUAGUCAAUGGAUACGGCCCCGGGCCGUGGCCCCAGAGCUCUGCCCAGCCCUCCAGCCCUGCCAGCAUCUCCACCCAGUGGCCAAAGACCAAAGUGACAAGCGGACCAGAGACCUCAACUACGGCUGGCCUGGAGGAGAUGGGCCAGCUGGGGGGCAGGAGCCCUGCAGAGGGCCCCAGCUCGCCACAGUGGGAGUUCCAAUCAAAGGAGCCUGAGGAGUCAGAACGAAGCAGAGGCCAAGACGCACUGACUGAUCAGAAGCAGGCCGACUCGGCAGACAAGAGGCCAGCGGAGGGCAAGGCUGGGAGCCCGCCCAAGGGCCGACUGGUGACCUCAUGGCGGAUGCCCGGGGACCGUCCCACGCUGUUCAAUCCGUUCCUGCUGUCUCUGGGGGUCCUCAGGUGGCAAAGGCCUGAUCUGCUCAAUUUCAAGAAGGGAUGGAUGUCAAUCUUGGACGAGCCUGGAGAGUGGAAGAAGCACUGGUUUGUGCUGACUGAUUCGAGCCUCAAGUACUACAGAGAUUCUACCGCUGAGGAGGCGGAUGAGCUGGAUGGCGAGAUCGACCUGCGCUCCUGCACGGACGUCACCGAAUAUGCAGUGCAGCGCAACUAUGGCUUCCAGAUCCACACCAAAGACGCCGUCUAUACCUUGUCGGCCAUGACCUCGGGCAUCCGGAGGAACUGGAUUGAGGCUCUGAGGAAGACCGUGCGUCCAACCUCAGCCCCAGAUGUCACCAAGCUCUCGGACUGCAAUAAGGAGAACACGCUGCAUGGCUACGGCACCUCAAAAGGCCCCCUGAAGGCGGGGGAGCAGCGGGUGGGCUCUGAGGUCAUUGGCCGGGGCGGCCCCCGGAAGGCGGAUGGGCAGCGGCCGUCGCUGGACUACGUGGAGCUCUCCCCGCUGACUCAGGGCUCCCUGCAGCGGGCCCGCACCCCGGCCCGCGCCCUCGACCGCCCAGCCAAGCAGGAGGAGCUGGAGCGGGACCUGGCCCAGCGCUCCGAGGAGCGACGCAAGUGGUUUGAGGCCACGGACAGCAGGGCCACGGAGACACUGGCGGGCGAGGGUCCGCGCCGGGGCCUGGGCGCUCCCCUGACCGAGGACCAGCAGAGCCGGCUCAGUGAGGAGAUCGAGAAGAAGUGGCAGGAGCUGGAGAAGCUGCCCCUGCGGGAGAACAAGCGGGUGCCUCUCACCGCCCUGCUCAACCAAGGCCGCGGGGAGCGCCGGGGGGCCCCGAGCGACAGCCACGAGGCACUAGAGAAGGAGGUCCAGUCCCUUCGUGCCCAGCUGGAGGCAUGGCGUCUCCAAGGGGAGGCUACUCAGGGUGCACCCAAGUCCCAGGAGGAUGGCCACAUCCCCCCAGGCUACAUCUCACAGGAGGCAUGCGAGCGCAGCCUGGCGGAGAUGGAGUCUUCGCACCAGCAGGUGAUGGAGGAGCUGCAGCGGCACCACGAGCGGGAGCUGCAGCGGCUGCAGCAGGAGAAGGAGUGGCUCCUGGCCGAGGAGACAGCGGCCACAGCCUCAGCCAUCGAAGCCAUGAAGAAGGCCUACCAGGAGGAGCUGAGCCGGGAGCUGAGUAAGACACGGAGUCUCCAGCAGGGCCCGGAUGGCCUCCGGAAGCAGCACCAGUCAGACGUGGAGGCGCUGAAGCGGGAGCUGCAGGUGCUGUCAGAGCAGUACUCGCAGAAGUGCCUGGAGAUCGGGACCCUGACGCGGCAGGCGGAGGAGCGCGAGCACACGCUGCGGCGCUGCCAGCAGGAGGGCCAGGAGCUGCUGCGCCACAACCAGGAGCUGCACGCCCGCCUGUCCGAGGAGAUUGACCGGCUACGCAGCUUCAUCGCCUCCCAGGGCACCGGCAGCGGCUGCGGGCGCAGCAGCGAGCGGAGCUCCUGCGAGCUGGAGGUGCUGCUGCGAGUGAAGGAGAACGAGCUGCAGUACCUGAAGAAGGAGGUGCAGUGCCUCCGGGAUGAGCUCCAGAUGAUGCAGAAGGACAAGCGCUUCACCUCGGGAAAGUACCAGGACGUGUAUGUGGAGCUGAACCACAUCAAGACGCGGUCAGAGCGGGAGAUCGAGCAGCUGAAGGAGCACCUGCGCCUGGCCAUGGCUGCCCUGCAGGAGAAGGAGGCCGUGCGCAACAGCCUGGCCGAGUAGAGGUCCUCGUGGUCCAGCCCUGCUGCAGACCCCCCAGUCCAAGGGGACCAAUCACCCUCUUUCCCUGCUGGAUGGAUGUCAGAAGCCAAGCUUUCUCCCCACCCCUCUGUGGGCCACACGUGCACUCACACCCACCACACACACGCACACACACGCACGCGCGCAAACACACACACACACACACACACACACACACUCUCUGCGUAUCUGAGCGCGCCCCUAGCACUGGGUCUUACCUUGCACCUUCUUCAGGAUUUUAUAUGUGAAGAGAUUUUUAUAUAGAUUUUUUUUCCUUUUUUUGCCCCCAAAACACUUUAUACUUUUUAAAAAGCAGUUCCUGGUGGCAUGUGCAUCCAGCACUGGCUCCCCCUCUGUCUCCAGCCACCCGCUGGGGCUUCUGGGCCCGUAGCCCCACCGGAGGUCUCACAGAGGCCCAACAGCAGCCUGGGUGGGGUCGGUGCUGGUGGGAGAGGCAGGGAGCCAGCCACCCUCUUCCUGCCCUACCUCCCACUAACUACUUCCUGCCCUGGGGGCACCCACUCCCCGGGACUCUGAAUGGAGGGACAGAUGGACAGAGGGAGCCGGCAGCUGUCCCCAUGGCCGCACCCCCUCCUCUGAGUGGGGGCUGGGUGUGGAUCUGCAGGAGCCGCCCUCGUGCAGGCGUUUCCCUCCUGCUCUGUGAGCCUUCUUAACUUAAUAAAAUGUUCCGGCAGC